GCAGCGGUGCCCGCCGGCGGAGGAGGAGGAGGAAGAAGAAGACGAAGAAAAAAAAAAAGAAGGCGGGGGGGGUGGCGGCGGCCCCGGGAUGCGGUGGCCGCUGCUGCGGCGGCUGCUGUGGCUCCUGUGCGCCGCCGGCUGGUGGGGCGCCGGGGGCAAGACGCUGCGGGGCGGCUUCGCCAGCGCCGCCGCCCGGCUGGAGCCGUGGCGGCCCGUGGCGCGGUUCCAGUUCCACGGUGACCAUGCUGUUCUGUGUGUCAGAAUCAAGAACAUUGCAGUAGCUGUGACAAAAGCAGCUAGACUUCACCUCUUUCAAGCACAGGAGUGGCAGAAGCUACAGAACAGUAUCCAACAUCACAGCUGUACAGAGAUGUUCUCUAAAGCUCAGCUGACAAUGACUGUGAACCUCACAGAGCAAAAUCUGACAGUGUCCCAGAUUCCUUAUCCGGAAACAUGGUAUGUGUUUUAUGUAGACAAGUUUACCUGCGAGGAGAAUUAUUCUGAAUCCGAGGAUAUUCAGUUUGAAAUGGUCUUACUAAACCCAGAUGCAGAAGGGAAUCCAUUAGAUCACUUUAGCGCAGGGGAAUCUGGAUUACAUGAAUUCUUUUUCCUGCUUGUCCUAGCAUACUUUAUAACUGCUUGCAUAUAUGCACAGUCCCUAUGGCAAACAAUUAAGAAGCGUGGACCUAUGCAUACUGUAUUAAAGGUGUUGACGAUUGCAUUAGUGUUGCAGGCUGGUUCAGCUUUUGCCAACUAUCUGCAUUUCUCAAGUUACUCUAAAGAUGGAAUAGGAGCGCCUUUUAUGGGAAGUCUGGCAGAAUUGUGUGACAUAGUCUCACAGGUACAAAUGCUAUAUUUAUUGUUGAGUCUGUGUAUGGGUUGGACGAUAGGCAGAUUGAAGAAAUCUCAUGGCAGACCUCUUCAGUGGGAUUCCACUCCAACAUCUACUGGCAUUGCUGUAAUAGUUGUUGUUACACAGAGCUUUUUAUUAAUUUGGGAGCAGUUUGAAGAUACGAAUCACCACAGCUACCAUUCACACCAUGGCUUAGCAAGUGGACUGCUUAUUGGCCUCAGAGUUUGCCUAGCUUUGUCACUGGCUGCUGGUCUUUACCAGAUCAUCACAGUGGAGAGAAGCACACUGAAAAGGGAGUUCUAUAUCACCUUUGCCAAAGCCUGCAUUCUCUGGUUUUUGUGCCACCCAUGUCUUGCAACCAUUGCUGUAAUAUUCAGAGAAUAUCAAAGAGAAAAGAUUAUUACCAUAGGUGUUAUCCUCUGUCAGUGCAUCUCCAUGGUUAUCCUCUACAGACUUUUUCUAUCUCAUAGUCUAUAUUGGGAAGUGUCUUCGCUGUCAUCAGUGACGUUGCCACUAACAGUAUCCUCUGGACAUAAAAAUCGACAUCACUUCUGAGAUGUUUAGGAAGAAUACAUUAUGUAAUAAAUGUGCAAUAAUGACAUAAAUAUACAGGUAUUUUUGUCACAGGUGUGUGAUACAUUGGUUUCACUGGAAAACUGAGUAAUAAUAUCAGAGCACUUCACAGACCUGGUCACAGACCUGGUCUGACGAGGAUCCUAGAUUAAUCUGUUAAAAGUACUGUGGAGUGGAAAAAUCCAUCAUUUGGAUAAUUUUAUAGAUAUUGUUUAUGUGUAGCAUGUGGUACUGAGCUGUAUCAUGGAAAAGUACAAUGAAUCUUUUCUCUCCCAUUCACAGACACAAAAAAAUGUCCUCGCUUUAUAUCAAUACCAGGUUUGAAGGUGUUAUAAAAUGCAGUUCUUAAAACAUCUACAAGCUCAAACAAGUCUGAAAUAGGCCAGUUGUGAAAUUGGUGUGAUGCGUAACGAUGAGUACAAGUUCUUUUAUUUUUAUGCUUUAGAGAAAAUGCAUUUUAUGUACAAGUAUAAAAGAAGGGGAAAAAAAAAAGAGUCCUCUAGAAAACACAUGUAAAAUGUUCACAACUGACCACGAGAAACUGUCCUUUAUUACUGGUGUAAAAGAAAAGCCUUUUUUGCAACUAAUGUUCAUGCUGGUUAAAAUUUUAAUGGGAAUGAAAAUAGGGUUUAUAUCUGCCUUAUCUGCCUUUUUUUUUCUUUUUUGUAAAUAAAUAAAUGUAACUAAAAAUUUCAUCCACUAAUGAGCUGUAUUGGAGGCUUAGAAAACACAGCAACAUAAAGGUAAUGAAAACAGCAGGCUUGCAUCUUUUAAAGAAAAAAAAAAAAGGGGCAAAGAAAAUGGAAUGGGUGAUGUGGUACUAGAAUUUUAAUCCUGAUAUAAUUCAUUUCUGUUACAUUGAGGAUUCAAUCAUAAUUAAGCCAUAUACACAGAUUAAAUUAACAGAAGCAUUUCAAAUAAAUGUUGGUUUCAGUCAUCAACUACCCAUGAAUUCCUGCCCAAGGAUACUUAAUCAGGAUUAAAUUUUCUAUGAAUAAUUGAAAAACAAAAUACUCACUGGAUUUGUUAUAAUCCAUGUUGGCACUGGGUUCUAAGUAGUUGCCAUCUUCCAUCCAUUGUAAUAAAGCCAUACUACUUUGUGAUGCCCUAGCAUUCAGAAAGCCAGUGUAAAUAUAUACUUUGUUGAAGUGCCUAUUUAUUGAGUACGAUUAAAUCAUGCUGACUUUUUUUUUCCUUCGUAAUAAGAACAUACCUAUUGCCAUUGUGACUGAAAUCUUUCUUUUUGGAUUUAGUUUAGUAUUCGUCAAAUUUUAGACUUCUCAUACAUGUGUGUUUCUUCACAACGUGGAUUUUAUUUUCUAGUAAAUGAAUGUUUGUUUCUUCUUAACAGUAUGCAUUUAAUUAUCUCUGUGAAAAUGUGAAGACACUGGGGUUCUAGCUUUAAAAUAGCCCUAACUUUUCUAUUCAUGUUUGCCUCAGUUGUGAGCAUAGUUGAAACAUAAGUCUAUUCCAUUUUAGUUUAGAGGCAAAACUAGAUAUUUCCCUUUGACUAAGGCAAAAUGGCAACAUGACAAAGUUGCUCAUUAAAUCAUCUCCUUUCUUAUUGUUUGUAAUUCAGAUCAAGAAUGGCAGGUUGAGGCUGGAAAAGAUGAGAUAUUAUGAUUUCACACAAUCUUCAGAAUGAUUAAAAGAUUAAUUAUUACAUUCCUCUGAUAACCACACAAAAAUAUUAUUGGUUAAAACUUUCGUCUUUAUUUCCCUGCUUAUCUCUGUGCUUUUCAUCUUCUCAAGAAAAAAGUAUCCUGUUUUUGAUAAGUCUCCAAUAAUGCAGUAGAAGAGCUCUAUCUGUCCUCAUGUAUAAGACAUAAAAUUCGCACAUAAAAUAGAAUCUUCUAAUAGAUACAAGAACUGCUUUACAGUUUAUGAUCCAUCACGAUAGAAGUUUUAAUAUAUGCAGAAAAACCUCUGUGUUACUUUCAGAAUAGGCACGCUCUUUGUUUUAUUCUCCAGAAGUAUUUUCUUUCUUCCUGCAGUCCCUCUGACUUCAAUCGGUCAGUAUUAAGGUAAAUGGUAUUUUAAUUUCACCCUAUAAAUAUACUCUACAACAAUUCAUAACAUGAAUUCAUAGUUAACCUGAGUGUAAAUAUGAAGCAUAAGAUGUUGUCUCCUAAUCUGUUUCAGAUUGCCCUGUAAAUCAACAGGUAGCAUUAUCCUCUGUUUGCCAUUGAACCCAAUGAUUUGAAAAUAAAAUUUUAACUUUGCUAUUAGUGUAACUGUAGCAAUUAAGUAUCACUUUCUCAUGGUAAGUGGUACCAAGGACAUGCACAUCUACCCAGGUCUAUUAGCGUUCUUUUGUAGCCAACACUCACCAAUUUUAUGUUACUAAAUCAUUAAUGCAUACUGUAGCAGUAGGUCACCUAUGAGUACAAUAAUAUUCAAGAUGUCACUUAAUUCAGUACUGGAUAUCUUCUGGGGGAGACUUCAAGUAUGACUAAUUUACAAAGCUUCAUACUUACCUGUACUCUAGCUUGAAUCUUACUGCCUCUGGAUCAUGCCUGAAGAGUGGUUUGAGUAUCUGAAAGCCUAUCUCUCUUUCCUAACUUACCUCUUCUAAGAGACUAGCUGAUAAGACUUGCUUUUUUCAUGCUUAUUCACACAGUUACUCAUUUUAUCAAUGUGGUUUCAUAACCUCAUCUUGAAAGAAUAGCUUCCAGCCUUCUUUCAGUUGUCUUCGAUCAGUGCAUCCUGGCUGGAAAACUUUUUCUUUCUCCUUUUCUAAAACGUGCUUUCCGGGGGGGCGGGGGGGGGGGGGGGGGGGGGGGGUGUAAGUUUUUCUGUCACAAAUGGGCUCCUGCAUACAUAUGAGGAACUCAGGCUGCACCCUACAUCAGCUGUGCGUUAGGGGAUGGCAGGGGACAGCAGCCCCCCUGCGGUACGCCCAAGGCUUCGGUGCAGGCUUGUGCCCGCCGAGAGCUGCCGCGUACCCCAGGAGUUCUUGGGGAGGGCGAUGGCAGCUCCGGGCCCCCUCCUGCCUCCCCCCUGCAAGGGGCUGAAGCGUGUUCCCCAGUGGUGAGCAGCACUGUUCCAUUGAGGGCGAAGGAAGACAGCUCACCUGAGAGUUUCUGUGCAUUAUGUGGUUCUGUGUUAAGCGAAGCUGCAGUUGCAGACUAUACUAUUGCCCACACAUUUCGGUGCUCGGGAAAGAUAAGUGUGUGUUGACACAACUGCAAACUGAAGUUGGUUGUCAUCUGAAGCAAUCCACUUCUACAUGUGAGAGGGCAUCUCCUUGCUAUCUGUCACCUUUUCUACUGGCACAGAUUCCAGUUGGCAUCAAUUACAAUUUACUGGUUGAGGGGGGAGGAUCCGGGUUCAGGAGGAAUGAGGAUGAGAUCACCAACUCAGUCUAGGAAACCCCCCCACAAUCUGUGCAGAGGGAUCAUCUUGUGUUGUUCCCGACCAGCAAUGUGGAGGCUGGAGCAGUUCUAGGGCUUAUCACAAGUCCCCUAAGCUAUUUGCUCCCCUUCUGUGUACAAUGUGUUUAUUGUACGUUUAUGUAAAGUGCUUCAGGUAGGAAAAUUAAUAUUUACCAUUAAAUAUAUGUAAAUGGAAGUGGAAAGGCUUGAUUGGAAAAAUAUCAAGUUUCUAAUACAUAUUACUAUACUAAGGCCUCCCACACAAGACAAACAUUUAUAGUCAAAUCUAAUGAAUAUUCCUUUCUGGUUCCUGUGCCAGUGGAGAGCCAUGGAAGUAUCAAAAUCUUCUUGUUUGCAUCUCGAUCCUCUACAGAACUGGAAGAAUAUUUUAUUUGAUUUGGCUCUAGUUUAUUCUGUGCAAUGUUAUGCCUCAAGUUGACACAAUAAAUGUUUAUUGGGCUGGCCAAAGCUGAUGUUAUGCUGUACCUUUUAGCUCUUUUUGUGCGACUAUGCAAUGUAUAAAGAGCAGGUGAUCCUUGCAAAUGUUAAACAUUAAAAGAGAAAGUAUUAA